UGGGGGGGUGGGGAGAAACAAAACAAAACAACAACAAAAACUCGAGAGGGUUUGCAAACGCUGAGAGUGGCCUGCAAGGAACGCUUUGCUGAGCUUGGCAAGGGAGCCUGGUGUAGGGAGCUAGCUGGGGGGUAGUAGGGGUGGGGGUGGAUUUGAACCCGUCCUGUUGCAAAAUCCCAGGGUGCAAGAAGAGCCCAAACCCGGCUUGCAAAGUGCAGAGACCCCCGUAGAGCGAGAGAGGUGGGCAGAUGGGUUUUGUGAACGCAUCUCUUAAUCCUGCGUGCAAACUCCACCUAUGGACAGCAGCAGCCUUGUGAUUUUAAAGCAAAAAAAAGAGAGCAGUGAUUAAGGUUAGGGACCAAAGAUGCUGAGGAUGCCAGAACCAGGUGUGGGACUGGGCGACCUGACCGGCAGUAGGAAGCUGAUGGCCUUAGGGGCUCUGGUGGGCUGGUUGCUAGUGGUCCACUUACUGGUCAACGUCUGGUUGCUCUGCAUCUUAUCGGGGUUGUUGGCCUUACUCGGGGCCUGGUUGGGCUCCCAGGUGGUGGUCGGCACCAGCCACAGAAUUCACCUAGAGAGGUUCCUUCCCCUCGAAGGCUGCCCUCCGAAUCCCGAAUCGGAGAGAGAGUUGGAGGAAGAGAUCCGGAAUAUUAUUCAAAAGAUCAUUCGGGAUUUCGUCUCUUCUUGGUACCGGGCGGUAAACCGCGAGCAGAACUUUGAGAAGGAAGUGGAGAAAGCCAUGAUGGGGUUGGCUUUGGAGCUGCAGAAGAGGAUGCUUCUGGUGGACAAGAAGGCCUUGACCCAAAGGGUGCUCCUCCUGGCUGGGUGCCACCUUCAGGCCUACAAGAAGGUCCAGGAGAAAUGGAAGGAGGCUGAGAGCCUGGGAGAGCCUUCUGAGGAAGCCACUAGAUUGUGGCAAGCCUACUGUGAAUUCUCACAACCUCAUUUGGCGGUUCAGAGUCCUACACAUCAAGUGGAAUAUACCAGGCACGUGGUGGACUUGCUACUAAGGGUCUUGGUGCCCGAGCCCCAUCUGGAAAGCAGGACUGGGCGCUUUGUGGUGGUGGAGCUCGUGACUUGCAACGUGUUGAUGCCCAUGAUCAACAAAAUGGCGGAUCCCGACUGGCUCAACCAGCUGUUGAUUGACCUUUUCUCCUGGAAGACCGCUGGCACCGUCGAGAUCGUAGAGACUUCCUCGGAACUAUUGGCCGCCUCCUCAAGCCAGCCCGUGGUGACCGGUGUAUUGCCCCCAGACCUUCAGCCAGAAAUGGCUACCGAGGGUGAUAAAACCGUACAGAGGGAUUCUGAACCUUUCAACAAGAAUGUAGUAGAUAGCUUGGAGGACUUCCUGAUAGAGGGGAAGGAGCCCGUUGACAGAGCGCUGAGUACCCCCAUAAAUGAGAAAGACGAUGGGAGCAUGCCUGCGCCCUUGCUUCACCCGGGUACCCUUGGGUCCUUCUUCCCCAGUGGAGACUUGGAAGUUGAGUCCCCCAUGUCUGAUGUGGGGAAGGACUCUAGCUCCUUGAUCGUCGUGUCUGCAGAAGAACUCUUCACUAGCUCCCUCCUUGAUUUGGAAGGGCCUCUUGACGUGGAUCCAGAAGACAGUUUGGGAGAGAAAGACAGGUGUGCGGAGGACAUUGGUGAGGGCUUCCCCUCUGAAGCCAACCUCCAGGCUACCUCCCUCGGGCCGUGUCCUGACAUCCACAUACAGCCCGUUGCUGAAGACACCUUAGCUUCUUUGACUGAUCUUUUGGAGGACCCGGAGAAGACCUUCUUGAGAAGGCCAUCCUGCUUGGUGAAAGAGCUGGAGCCACCUGGGAGCUUGGCACACAGCCCUCAAGAUCUGGCCCAACUGCCCAGUCUGCUUUCUUCUUCCCCCACUGCCCCGAUGGGCACUUUCAGCUUUGAGCCACUCAGUCCUGAUGGUCCCGUCAUCAUCCAGAAUCUGCGUAUUACAGGAACAAUCAUUGCUCGAGAGCACAGUGGGACAGGGUUUCAUCCUUACACCUUGUACACCGUAAAGUAUGACACCACAUUAGACAGUGACAGCACUAACAGCCUCCAGCAAAUCGCAUACCAUACGGUGAACCGAAGAUACCGCGAGUUCUUGAACCUGCAAACCAGGCUGGAAGAGAAACCAGAUCUACGGAAGUUCAUAAAAAACAUAAAAGGUCCGAAAAAGCUGUUUCCGGAUCUUCCGUUUGGUAACAUGGACACAGAGAAAGUUGAAGCCAGAAAAAGUCUCUUGGAAUCGUUCUUGAAGCAACUGUGCGCAAUUCCUGAGAUCGCCAAUAGCGAAGAAAUGCAAGAAUUCCUCGCCUUGAACACGGACGCAAGGAUUGCCUUCGUCAAAAAACCAUUUGUGGUCUCCAGAAUUGAUAAGAUUGUAAUGAACGCCAUUGUGGAUACCUUAAAAACGGCAUUUCCCAGACCUGAGCCACAGAGUCCUACAGAAGAACUCAGUGAGACCGAAGUGGAUGGGAAACAGCCAACGGAUGGAAAGAAAUCCAAUAAGUCGAAGCUGAAAAUCACAUCUGGCAAGCUGCUAAAUGUGGCCGGAACACCAGAGAAGAUUUUAUAUUCUUUCAGGGACGGCGUGAAUGCCUCCGAAGUCCUCUCCCUGGCAAGGAUGGAGUCCUUCAUUCAGAAGCAAGAGAAGUUCCUGGAGGCCAUGUCCAGCGAAGGUCCAGAGAGAGAGGGUGAUGAAGAAGCUCCCUCAGAUUUGAACCCAAAGUCCGUAGAGGUGCUGCAGCAAACAUCAGAGGAAGACACAAAUUUUGGACCAGAGACUUUGCUGGCAGAUGUCGUUCUGGACCUUCUUUGUCUGAUCAUGGUAGACCAGUGGAGUUGGCUGUGGUCAGAGAACAUGCAGAAGAUCCUACACCUGCUCUUUGGGACAUUGAUCCAAAGGUGGGUUGAAGUCCAAGUAGACAACUUGACCUGCACCCAGUACUGGGUGCAAUAUCUUCGGCUGCUCCAGGAAUCCAUUUGGCCUGGCGGAGUCUUGCCCGGGAUGCCCAGACCACUCAGGACGGAAGAGCAGAAGGCUGAGACUAAGGAACAGGCCCUGCAGAUUCUCAUGGCAAUACUGCCUGACUCGCUCCAAGAAUUCCUAGGUAUCAAUAAAUGUCAACAAUGCUGGAGCCUCGUCUUAGAGUCCAUGCAGCAUCCAAGCAUCAACAGGCACGUCCUUUACUCCCUCAUGGACAUCCUGAUGGAGUUUUUGAUCCCCGAUUCCCCGACGGAGGCGCCCCAAUCAACGUCAGUCAUGACUUCAGUCUAUGGAGCCGCUGAGAGAUCUAGUACUUCACCGCGUUAAUUCAUAACUGAGGCAAAGAGAACCCCAACUAGACGUGAUCUCAUAUGAUACAUUGCUGUUGGUCUGAUCCAGGAUCUGUUGAAUAGAUAGAUAGAUAGAUGACCAACAGAUAGACAGUGAUUACUGUAAAAGGAUGUUCCAGAACUUUUUCUGCACCAUAAAAUACUAUCGUUUCAAGAACCUGGAAGAAUUGCAGAGGAGUUCAGAAUGAGAAGAAAUAACCUGUUAAAUGUGAAUAAUCUGGAGAAUAGGAUAAUUCUUUAGCUACAUUCCUGGAUAGAUGUAAUUUUCCUUUCUGCAUGUUUUGUUUUAAUUUACAGGACGUUUUGGUGCUCCCAAAGUACUUAUUUGGGCAUUCCAUGAUAUGACCUCUUAUGUUUUCCUUUCCCAACAAAACCACUCCAGUGAGCAGCAAACGACAAAUUAAUCCCUGUUUUUGCUUUUUAUUUCUGUACAUCAUGUAUUUGUCCUUGAAACCUAAGAGUAUUCCUGGAAUUUUAGAACUACCAAGCAAAGAAGGUUUGAUGGCUUUCCAAAAUUGAUGUAAUUGGCUCAAGUCACUUGUUGUCUGAAGAGAUGACUCAAAUCAUUUUGCUGUUCAUCAACUGGCUUUGAAGAAGUUUGUUGCUGUUUGUUUAACCAUCUAGGAUGCUAUUACUCAUUCAGAUCAUUGGGAUGGUUUGCAUUCUUUGAUGAUGGACUUGCUGCAACGGCCAAACAAAAUUGGAUGAGUCUAGAUCAGCCAUAUAUAGAUGCCUCCAACCAAGAUUGUAAGGAGGUGUGUUCGCAGAUUCUUAAAGUAUGGAGAGUGGAGAACUUCCUUGUUCUUUGUCAGCCUACAUUUAAGUAUGUUUGCAGGGGAGGGAGUCCCUGAAUUGAAUAUGUAUCAAAAUUAAAGUUGUUAUUUGGCUA